UCAGACGACAGCAAAUGAACGCAGCUUUACAAAAUUGUCCCAAAAAUUAAUAGUUUUCAAGUGAUUUCGCCUAAAGUUUCAACCCGUUGAAGCAGAUUCGGGAGAAUCACAUUUUCUGUAGAUCGUCCCAGCGCGGUUUCACAAAACAGAUCAUGCUAGGGAAGUACGAACCUCCCGAGGGUACAAUCCGGAACAACAGUAACCGGGUCGAUCCUGCCGCUGUGGUGAUGACGAUGAUGUCAUCACCACCCCCAUUAUACUCAACUAUUGCUGCUGGUUCGAUCCCGCUCCAGCAGGUAUCGACUUCCGCUGGUCCCAGGAAGAUGAACGACUCGAACAAUGUCACGGUGAUGGCUGGAACAUCCGGUGGAUCAACAACAACCAUAAUGACAACCGUUACGACGGGAACAGAUCUUCCAGGGAAGAUAACACAGUAUCAAUGUCAACUUUGUAUGAAGUGCUUCGAUAACAUCGUAACUCUCACGGAACAUUUGAAAACGCAUGAAAACGAUUAUCGGGCCAGUACUACUAAUUAUCAAAAUGGACCUGACCAAAUAGCGACCGGGAUGAUCAAGACGGAACCAACCACAUUUCAACUUUUGUCUCCUCCGAUUUAUCCUGGAUUCCAGGUAGCAGCAGUAAGUAAUGCUGCCCAGGCAUGUCAUAUAUGCCAAAAGGUUUUCAAUUCGGUAGACCAAUUUCAAGCGCACAUGAAGAUUCAUGAAAACGAGUUUCGCAAUAGAGCGUUAUAUCAAGCAGAUGGAAGUGGCCAACAAGCCCCAGCAGAAGGGCAAUCGGAAGACGGCAAACCUAUCGAUUGUAUCGUGUGCCAUAAAAAAUUUCAAACAGCCACUAUGCUAGCCGUACAUUUAAAGGAACAUAGCGCUCAGAAACCGUUUAGCUGCUCUGUUUGUGGCAAAGGAUUUAUUCAAUCCAACAAUCUUUCGACCCACAUGAAGGUACACUCUGGUCAAAAACCUUACAAGUGUGAGAUAUGUGGCAAACAUUUUAGUCAAUCGAACAAUCUGAAAACCCAUGUUCGGACUCACACCAAUGAGCGACCAUAUGCGUGUGCCAUUUGCGAGAAGCGUUUCAACCAGAAGAACAAUCUAACUACCCAUAUGCGAACUCAUGCUCUGUACUGCAAGGGAUGUCGCAUCCAAUUCCAUCAUCCUAGCGAACUUUCCAAACAUUCCCGGGUAUGUUAUUCGGAUCAGAAGCCCAACAUUUGCACCGUUUGCAACAAGGUGUUCCUCAACAACGAAGAACUUGCCGAGCACAGCAAGCAGCACACGCUCGUCAAACCUCAUAAAUGUCAAAUCUGCCAUAAAACGUUUACUCAAUCCAAUAAUCUUAAAACCCACAUGAAAACACACAUUUUCCAGGAUCCUUUCAAGUGUCUGUUCUGUUCUCGUUCUUUCCAAAACGAGGAAGAAUUUACCCGUCAUUCGCUGGUCCAUUCAUCGCCCAAACCGUUUAGCUGUCCAUACUGCGGCAAGCAAUUUAUCCAAUCCAACAACCUUAAAACGCACGUUCGAACGCACACCGGCGAAAAGCCAUAUAAGUGUUACAUUUGCGAUCGACUGUUCAACCAGAAGAACAAUCUCAACACCCAUCUGCGCAUCCACCAGGGUCUAAAACCGUACCAGUGUUCGAUCUGCGAGAAGCGCUUCAACCAGAGCAACAAUCUAAACAAACACAUUUACAAGGUUCACUGUCACGACAAACCGGGACCAACGACCACUUCCGCAGUUGCGGCAUCAGCAGCAGCAACAAGUGGACAGAACUCUGCAGUUGCUUCUCAUUCGCUAGUACCGCACCAGCUGGUCGCCUCGACCGUUACAAUCGAUGCACUCGGUGUGCAAGUUUCGAACAGCAGCAGUGGUGCAGCACCGUCAGCCCAUCAAGGUGGAAGUAGCUGACUUACACGUUAACACGUAACGCUUACUUUGGAAGGAAAGUAAACGAUAAUCCCACACCAACCAACCCAUAACAACAGAACAGUAGUAACGAAACGAACGUCAUUGUAGUAGCAACAGUAUAUGAUAUAAUGUAAUCCCCCGUAAAUUAAGUGAAAUAUUUAAUGAAAUAAAUGUUACCGAACG